AUGGUUGAAGACUCUAUGGAGGUAUUCAUGGACGACUUCUCAGUCGUAGGGGAUACAUUUGAAGAAUGCUUGACACACUUAGGGCAGGUAAUCCAAAGAUGCAUAGAAAUGAAUCUGGUUCUGAAUUGGGGGAAAUGUCAUUUUAUGGUGAAAGAAGGUAUCUUUCUUGGGCACAAGGUGUCGCAAAAGGGGAUGGAAGUUGACAAGGCAAAAAUUGAGGUCAUUGAGAAAUUACCCCUGCCAAUUUCAGUGAAGGGUGUUCGCAGCUUCUUGGGGCAUGCAGGGUUCUACCGAAGGUUCAUUAAAGACUUCUCAAAGAUUGCACACCUAUUAUGCAAACUCUUAGAGAAGGAAGUGAAAUUCUAUUUUAAUGAUGCAUAUUAUGUUUCCAAACGGGUGGAAGCCAUUGCAUUUCCAAACAACAAAGGAAAAAGCGUUGUACAAUUUCUGAAACGCUACAUCUUCGAAAGAUUUGGCACUCCGAGGGCAAUCAUUAGCGAUGGGGGGUCCCACUUUUGCAAUAGGUGGUUUUCAAUGGCAUUGAGCAAAUAUGGGGUGAAACACAAAGUAGCAACCCCAUAUCAUCUCCAAACAAGUGGCCAAGUUGAAGUGUCAAAUUGGGAAAUCAAAAGCAUCUUGGCAAAGACAGUAAAUGUCAACAGAACUAACUGGUCUAGGAAACUCGAUGAUGCACUAUGGCAUAUCGAACCGCUUACAAAACACCUAUCGAUGGAAGUGUGGAGAGUGAACAAAAAGUGCAAAUUGGUGAGCAAAAGGUCUAAUCAGCGAAUCGCCAAACGGUUCGGUGACUCCAAACUAGACCACCUUAGACUCAAGAUCAGCUUGCAUUUGAGUCUAUAA